AUUGUAUGGGUCCGGCGAAUGUUUUGGCGGAGAUUUAGGUUUUAGCGUUCACCUGUGCCGCCUGUGCUUAGUUUCCCUAAGAACAGUUGUGGUCGUAGCCUAUGAAACUUUUAUAAGCAAGAUAGAUCCUAAGAUUUGUGACGGAACGAUGCUGUAGAUGUGCGUAUACCAUACGUACCAUACCCUCUGACUUCUGCCAACUUUUUAGCGUUUCACAGUUUCGUUUUCCGGCACUGCCUUCAUCGAGGCGGGAAAAGCGCAAACAAGGAAGAAAGAAGAGAAGGCGCUUUUGGAAGUCCAUGUACUAGGACGACAUGAAGUGGAGCACUGUGAACUUGCAGAAUAUAUACGAAAGGGAACCUGCUAUUCUUUCAUGGAGAUCAUGAGUGGGGGCUCUGCAAAUGACGCUUGGCUAGACCUCCAAGAGUUGUACUCUUCGAUAAAUUUUCUGAAGGCAAAGCUCAGUGCAACUGACCAAAAGCUGCGAGCUGCAUCUCAAGAAAGUCCCAUCCAUGUUGAUGGACAAGGCAUCCCCAGAAUGCAUUGCAGCCACCCGUCAUCUCUGCCUACAUCAUCUUCACAAAGCAGAUACGUCUCUACAAACAUCGAAGAAAGGAUGCACACCACAUAUACGAGAUCCAGGCUUGGGAGAGUUGAGCCUGAUUUUUUUAAUCACGCAAAGAUUGGUUCCCAGAAGAAGCAGGAAAGGCAAUCAACAUUUGUAGAACCUGUAUGCAUAAACAGAGACUCCAGACGGGCAGAACCUGUGUGGCCCCUGUUUGAGAGAUCCACUAGUGGGAGUCUCUUGGGUCACGUCCACCGUGGAGGCAUUGAAAGGAAGGCUAGAGGACACGCCAAGAAGAAGUCUUUCGUGUGUGGCACAGAGAAUAUUAGGGAAAUGAUCGACAGACAGAAGCAACAAAUUGUGGCUGCUCGUGAAACAAAGGUUUCCUCCAAUCCACGUGAAGGUCAAUUUCAUACUACAAAUGUGGGUCACGUGAGUGCCGAUACAAGAGCUUCAACACCCUCAACUCACCCUGAUGAACGAGGAAAAAUCAUAUCUCGUACAGAUUACCUUGUUCCUCCUACGAGAAAAUCAAGUGCUGCCUUCAAUGGGAACUCGCAAUCGAAAGACCUAAAUAGUAAUUUGGUGAAGAAUCGUGUCAGCGUAAAAAGCACAAAUGCUUCAACGUCACCAUCACGACUGGUCUACAAGAAUGAAACUUGGCUUUUAUCCCAAGCUGCAAAAAACGAUAAACAAUUUGCGACUUCAUCUUCCUCAUUCAAGACUUCCGCCGUUAACAGAGACAGAAACAAGCAGCGGGCAGAGAAAGAGUUUGUGGUUACUCCCCGUGUUGAUUCCUGCUCAAACACUACGCGUACAGGAAGGCAGAAAGCGUGCGAAUUAAGGAAAGAGUCGACUACUCCUGCCGGUGGUAUCCAUGUAGGGCCACAAUUUGAGGGACCAACUGGGAUAGAAAGAAAUUUUCCCAGUCACGAGAUGCAGCCCCACCCAAAGCGAAAGGUUGCGUUGGUGCAGAAAUUGCGAGGCUAUCCUGGAUUCACUCACAGGUUGAGCAGUAGAAGUGAGAGAAGGGUCUCCAGAAUUGGCAAAGAAAUUGAGGAGCACAAGAAUAUGGACGUCAGAAAUGUGCUGGGCCAUAAGACUAGCGAAGCAGGAAUCACCAAACAAACUGAUGGUCCCUUAGGAAAUGCAAAAAGCCUAGCUUCUCAACCAGCCCAAAGACAGCUACUGAGUCGGAGCAAGUCGGUGAAAAGAAAAUCGCAGUUACAUAUUGCAAACACUGGAGAGGGUCUCGCACCAAAGGUUCGACGUUACGAUACUUCGGCAGUGAGGGAGUACAUGAUGCGGCAGAAGUUGCUUCGCAAGAACAGGGCCCAAGAACAGCUCCUCUCUUCAGCCGCACAAGUUGCUGCGAAAGAGAAAUGCAUGCAGUCCCUGUUUGCAUUGCAGCGACAGGCUGCUGUUGCAAGUGCCAGGACAGGGAGGAGAAAGACUAUCUCUCUACAAAAGGCACAAGGCCCACCACGAUCUGCUCCAGCCCGCAAAGCAUCACAGGUCUUGGACAGCGAUGCUACUGAUUGCAACUACAAAACUGAUCUAGUUGUGGCGCAGAUGGGUUUCAGUCAAGGAGAGUCAGUGUCUCACGUUCCUUUCACAACUGAACAAACAAAUCCAGACGAAAAUGGAACAUCUGUUAACAGCUGCUCACCAUCAGAAUCGCCAUCAGCAAGCCAGAUGCAUUUCUCACAUAAUAUGUCAGAGCAAGAUAGCUCCAGCAGCAGUGAUGCUCAAGAACAAGGUGUCGAAGGUGUCAAAGCUUCAACAACCCAAGAAUUCAGGGGCCAACCCACAGAACAGAUUCAGCACAUACGGGAAAUGGUCACUUACAUAGAUAGGACAAUAAAUGAAGAAUUGGCAAGAAUUGGAUGCACCAUCACGAGUGACAAAAGAAGUACAGGUUCAAAAGCUGCAGACGUAACCUCCAGGAUUCGCGAUGCGCUUCGUUCAUUUGACGUAGAUGGACUGCGAGACAUUCCCAUGCAACGCAGAGUUCCUUCACCUGAAGAACACCGUCAAUUGGGACACAGAGCGGCAAGUUUUGACAGAAUACGUGACGAGGACGACUCAGCUGCUCAGAAAAUCCAACGUUGGUUUCGGAACUCCAAACUGAGGAAACUAUCUAAUGAGGAAUGCAGCGAUGUUUCUGAAGAGGACCCUCGUUUUGUGCCAGUCAUAAAACAGGAAGCUGAAUGUAGCUUUUCCAAGGACACUGUUACUAAAACAAAUGCAACUGACAUCUCCUUCUAUAACCUCGUCCCAGAACCAUUCACCUUUGCCAGAGCGAUGAAAUUAAAGAGCAACAGCAAUAGAGGAGCUGCAGCAGUCUUCAUGACAAGCACUCAGUCUGAAGGAAAACUGUCUCCCGACUUCAGCGUGAGCACCCUGGACGGAGAUAUAGCAGUAGACCCGGAGAGGUGCAGAGAGCUUUCUCAGAGAGACCAUCCUGUGGGUGAUGAUACUGCUGUUAGCGUGACUUUAUCUGCCGGUGAAACACCUGCACCCAUUCAGACAGAGGAUCACAGUGGCCAUACGCAGGUUGCAGAAGGCUACGGUGGAAGCAUAAAGGAAAAAGUGGCCUCAAAUAAAGCAGCCCAAGAAUCUACAGCGAGUGAUUUAGUGAACGAAGACAAAAGAACUCUUACACCAAAGCACUUGUCAGAAGUUACUGACAGGACAGGUGAAAGUGUGUGGAAACUCCUAAGUAUGCAAGUGGAAGCGGCCAAGGUAUCAGCGGAGGCAUCACGUCGCUUGGGUGAGGUACAUGGUCCAUCUCUGCUUCAUCAUCAAAGCCAAGAACUCGCAACCCUUCUGACAGACAGCACAGUGGCAGCUGCAUCGGCCCUUGCCACCAGUCUAACUAUGCAGAAAGCGUCUAUGCCUCAAAACAUUCCAGCGCCUGUCGUAAUAGCCAAGCAAGAGAGUGAACCAUCUUCUCCCAUUGCCAUACAGUCUCUGGGUGGCAGACAGAGUGUAUCAGCUGAUGAGCAAGAUGUUGGAGCAGCAGAACAACACCUUGAUACGAAACUCAACAGCCAGAACAGCGGAAACUCGGGAGAGACUGAGUGUUAUGACGCGUCACUAAAGGAUGAUGACAACAACACCUCUAAGUCAAAGGGACUUGAACAAAACAGUGCAGGCUCAUUUACCCCAAGGAGGUGGGGAAGAACAGAUGCUUCAAAGUGUAUGUCUCCUGACUUCUAUUCUCCUCUUAGCACAGAUCAGGAGUCAAGCAACAUGCAUGAGCAAAGCCUAAGCUCAAUAAGUGACCCCAUCAUCUUAGACAAACAGCUGCUCAGCUUCAGCUCCGUCACAAGUUCCUAUUUUUUGGCACCCGAAGCUGUAAGUGUGGGUAUGCCACGUCUGGCCCUUUUACGCCUACAGGAGAAGAGCUUGGUUCAAAAGACAAGGGCUGAGCUAGCAUGGCUGGAAGUUCUAAAAAGAAAGUGCAAGGAGUGUGGUGCAGAGAACAAAGUCCCCGCUCUGCGGAAGAAACAGCGUGGGCUCCUUUUGAAGCUGCAUGACCGAUGUGCUCAACUUAAACACAUGCAAGAAAGUAAAAGCGAAGCCCCUCUCCCACUUGCACAGAUGCAGCACGUCAACAUGACACCUGUGGCGUCUAAUUCUACACCAGCUAGUGAGCCAUCGAGUCAUCUCCCAUCUCUAAUUUCAUCGCACGAAAGCACAGAAAUUAAUCUCACUGAACCUGUGUCAGCAUUGCCAGAAGAGUACCCUAAUGAGCAGGAAGCUGAUGCUGAUUCAUCUUGUGAAGAAGGGAACACUUCAUCAAGUUCCAAAAUUGCUUCAUGUGACAGUCCUGAUGUUGCAGCUCUAAACUCCAGUAAAACGGUUUUGAAGGAAUGGCAGCAACACCUGGAAGAACGUAGGAAGAACGUCCAGGAUCUUUUAAACUGGCGAGAACGGCUGAAUAGUGAAGAAACUGCCGUGAGCACCUUGGAGCGUCAAGCUGUUGCUCUGUUAAAGGCUGCACCAUCGAGGAAUAAGGCAGUUAUCUCUCUCAAGACAUCACAGGCCUUGGCUGCAACAGAUGAAGCCUCCUCAGAACAACAGGAGACAUCCAGUGACCAGAAAGGUGAAGGCGAAAUUCAACUUCCUGUCACAGAGGGAAGAUUGACAUCCGCCAUCGUAAAUACCUCAUCUUCGACAGAGGAUGCAAAAUCUGAGUCUCCACGGAAGCAGCCUUUUCAACAAGAACACCUUCCACCAGGCCGAGGCCCUCUAAUCAAGAAUCCUCCGUUUUCAAGGUUGAAAGGACGCCGAGAUUCAAGUGGUUCCGAGGAUUCUUUUAACGUGUCCUACUCAGAAACUGAGCAGAGUGACCUAGAAGGGCAGACUUUAGCUCUAAGAGAAGAACUUAAGAAGAGGCAAUUAGAAGCAGCUCGACUUAGAAAGGAACAAAGACGAUGCCAUCGAGAAUUCCUGCGUCAGAAGGAGCACGUUCUUAGGAAACACAUUGAGAUGUAUGACAAGCUGAUAGAGCAGGCCAAGGCAGACCUGGAGAGAGAGAAAAAUCAAACCAUUUCUGUUAGACCUCAAAUCAAGAAACCAGUUGUCAUGGAGCCACAUAGAAAGUUAUCUAUGGACUCGCCGAGUACUUCAUUCGCAACGAGCCCAUCCAGCAGAGCAGCACUUACACAUGAAGAGCAGUCAAUGAGGUCUUCCGACACAACUUCAAAAAUUUCUCCCAAAGCAUCUAUCGAAGCGAAAGAAGGCAUGACAGAUGCCUCAUCAGCUGUAAGCCAGGAUAUAUUAACGGAAGACCAACACCUAGGACACACGAUGACACAAAGUGAGAACGAGUCUGUUGAAACGUCACUGCAAGAAGUUUUCAGCCACGGUAUAAUGUCGCAGAAGCCAAAUAACUCUUCUGUGCCAAGUGUUGAAGGCUCAUUGGAAGAAGUAACUGACAAAGUCCUCAUGGAGUCCCAUCAGCCCAGCAGCCGUAGCACUAUGCAAGAAGAUGCUGUGUCAAACGGUGUUGAGCUUAUCACAGAAAUAAGUUCCAGUAUUUCGGAGGAGCUUUAUUCGACGGAAGGAUCUGUAAAUAUCGGCACAGCGGCAGUUGAAAGUGUUCUUCAGGAUCCAACAAGCAUAGAAAGUGCUUCUCAUGGUAACGCCUCUGAUAGUCUCCCUGAAAACUCACUAAUGAGAGCUCACGAAUGCACAGAAAAUGAUCCUGGGAGCUUUAAAAGCCAAGAUCGAAAGCCUUUGUGCAGUUCUUCUACUAGCCAUUGUGUCACAACCAGCACACCCCAGAGUGUGGAAAGUGUUGCCAGUAGUGACAUGAGUGUUGAAGAUAAUGAGCAGACAUCCUCCAUGGAGCCAUCAAAGUCUAGUGAUUCUCCAGGAAAAUGCGCGGUUUUGGAGAGUAUUGUCCCUGUGGAAGUUUUACUACCUGUUGUAGAAGUUAAUGAUGAAGUAACGGAAAACGGUCAAGAUUGCGCUACUGACGUAGCUGCAAAAUAUGUUGAGGAAAGUGUUCAUGGAACACCUACCAAGCAUACAGGCCGUGCUGGAGAUGAAAAACUCAACAGCAUGCAGGUUGACAGCCUCGUAAACAGUAUUCUAACGUAUGUUUUUAAUGAAUCAGUUGUAGAUGUUUUACAAUGUGCAAUUCCAGCAAAAACAUCGCAGGAACAUACAGCUACUGUAUCUGUCGGUGAAGGUGAUUCUUGCAGAAAAGAAGGCUGUCCUGUGCAAACUUGUAAAAUUGAAAUGUGUUCCGAAAGCUGUUCAACCAAAAUUAUGGACGACAAAGUUGAGCUAGAUGAGCUUAACCACGGAGCCACCAUCAUAAAUACAAUAGUAGUUGGAUGCACAAAUUCCACUGCUGCCAACAGCAAGGAUGCACAAACAGGUGAUCAACGUGAAGACAAGCUUGAUGAAAUGUUGGUCCUCUCUGAAGCACAGUAUACUAGCACGUGCAAUAACGGGGCAAAGAAAUGCAGCACUGAGAUAUUUGGUGAUGAAAAUAUGGAUUCCUUUGUGAGAAAUAUGGUUUCCAACGCUGUAAGUGCUGUCAUGGAGGUAGCAAAAGAGAAACGUGCAACCCUCUAUAAUGGAAAGCAAUUAAGACACACAGAGCGUGUCCUAGCUUCUCAAGUUUCCACUCUAGAAAGCAGUGAUUUAUCCGAUGUCAGCAAGAAACUCAACUAUAUUUUGGCGAGUCUUGAGCAAAAAAAGUGUCAUCGUGAACUAUUGCGCCCUCAAGACAUGAUGGUUCUGUCUACUGACUUGGAUGAAGAUGCACUCGAUUCCAAGGAUCUGCCAUGUCUUGACCUGAAGGGUGUCUGCAAAGAAAAUGGAAACGUUCAACCAUCAUCUGAAGGAAGUAAGGAACAAGAUUCUACAAUGUGCCCUGCAGAUAUCUCUCCACUCGUUAUAGAGUCGGACUGGUUUGAUGACGACCUCGGGCUCUUGGCUGAGCAAUAUGCUUACCCUAGACAGAUCCCCAACAAGCCCCCUCCACCAUAUAGCCCUCCCAAACCGGGCAGUCUCUUGAACAUAACAAAGAAGCCACACAAAGCCACCUUUGUGAUUCCACACGACGAGAAAGAUGUGCAAGAAAUCUGUAGGACAGCGGCCACACUCAUAUUUGCAGCUGUGCAGAAGGGAGAGGACCUUGACCUUUUGGACUGGGAUCCUCAUUCUGCAGAGGAUAGCCAUGUUGUGGGAAAUGAAGUUGAAAAAAGAAGUAGAAUGGCUUUCUGCGAAUUCCUCUUCAGCCUCACAAAAGAAGUUGCUCAAGACACCUUUUGCAUCGACAACGUUCUUCUACCACCAUGGCAUAGAAGCUUCAGCAUCCACCGUAAGCUGCCGCUGCCCUCCAGUGAAUCGCAGUUUAUGGACAUUGUCUCGGAAAAAGUGCUAACGCUGCGGGGUGUAGGGACUCGAAAGGUGCCACUCGCCCAGCUUAGCCCCGCAGCGAGAAUACAACGUCGUAAACGAGCCGACAGUUCAUUGGACGACGAAGUUGAUGAUGCAGCCAACUUGGUAUUGCAACGCGAGAUCUGCCAGGAAGAUAGACAGUGGGUGGAUUACAGUUCAGAUGAAGUUGCAGUCAAGGAAAUGGUGGCUGACGCUAUCCUUCUGCACAUCCUCAAUGACACUCUCACUGCUUUGUCUCAGCUGUUAGGUGACCCUUGAGAUCAUGGAGCUUUCUAGUUGUUGUAUUUUGUAUUUCAUUGCGAGAGAUUUUGAAUACGUAUGCAUUUGUGAAAUAGAAAUGUUGUUGGUACA